GUCAACCCCGCUUGCGCACAAAUUCCGACCUGACAUAGACCCACUACAAAUUACUACAGUCCUUCGCCCUAGCACGUCCCGCGCAGCCCCUUGCACACCGUUGGAGGUAUUCCGCCAUGGCUGCGGUCACAAGCGCAGAGCUCACCAACAUCGUGGGUUACCCGACCAUCGGCAUAAUAUUCGGUACUGCACUGUUUGGCAUGGCACUCGCGCAGAUGUUGUACUACAUGAGCAAUUACCCGAAGGAUCCACUAUGGCUGAAGGGCCUGGUAGCGGCAAUAUGGUCUGCAGAUGUCCUCAAGGAGAUUACUUGUGUCAUGGUGAGCUCAAAAGCUGCGCUCGCAAAAGAGCUUCAAUCUGAUGCCGAGUAG